AUGGAUAGGUUAGGUUAUCCGCGGAGAUUUGCCUGGUCAACAGCUUUAAGAGGGUGUAUUGGGUUUGGUGGAGACCUGGUAAGCAUAUCCAAUGAAAAAGAAAAGAAGUUUGUUCAUAACUUGUCUUUCAAGGACACAGACCGCACUUCUGUGUGGAUUGGGUUGGCGUUUCGGCAUCAAACGGGCGGAUACGUAUGGAACAAUGGAGAAUUGUUUAACAGUUCUGUUUCCGUCGAGUGGAUCGGCAACAUGUCAAGACGUUUUUAUGAAAAUAAAUGCGUCGAAAUCUUGAAAAAUGGCUGGAAACUCUCGAAAUGUUGCAAGGAAAACGAAUAUUUCAUCUGUGAGAGACCCAAAGGUGAGUUGCUCCUGCUGGGAACUUGGCAUUAAAAAUGUUGGGGAGGCUCCAAUCGUACCAGGUAUAAGAGAAGCACAGGUAAAAUUUGAUCACUUGGGGCGCUUUCCAAAUACUCUAAAAUGAUCAGCUUUAGAGCUGUCUCAUUAUCAUGUGAAGGAGGCUCGCACCCAUUUUUUGGCCCUUCGAGUUUGAUGUUCCAUAACUUUGGCUGUAGUGCAUGUAUGGAAAAGCCACAAAUUGAAACAAGAUAUCGAACAUUGAAUUUAAUUUUGGGGUAUGUUUUGUUGACAUCGCCACUUCCCUAGCAACAGAAUAACGAUCACAUGAAAUCUAUUAAUUAGUCAUUUUCUCUAAAUCUAGCAAUAAUCUGUGAAUCCUCAAGUGUGCUAAUAGUUUAGACCGUUGUCUUAGCCUUAAAAAGAUUGAAAAAAUCUAUCAGAGCGUUUUUGGAAUAUAAUUUUCUAAAAAUUUUACAUCCCCCUAAAAACGAUUAUUAUUAUUAUUGGGCUCAAUCUGUUUGCUCUGUUAAUAUUUGACAAAUUAGGUCCAUUGGCUUGUUCUACUGGGUGGUUUCUUAAUGGAGUAUCUUGCUACAAAGAAAAUAAUAAAGAUACCUGGGAAGGUGCACGAAAGGAGUGUACUGCUUCUGGAGGCGAUUUGGUAAAGAUAAAUAAUGCUAGAGAUGAGAAGCACCGAUUUUUGAUUCAGUUCAUGGAAAAUAUUGGUCUGAAGAAAACAAAGAUAAAUGUAAGUACCGAGUCAUAGAGCAGGCUAAAGGCUUGGGAAAUUCAUAAUAAUAAUAGAUUUCAAAGUGGAUGAGGCGAAAUUACAUCUUCUUUACUCACAGCCUAAUUUGCAUAAAGAUGUACCUCAACAUCAUCAGACUUGGCAGUAACAUAAAACUUAGUUUCCUUAACUUAUUGGUCACUUUAAGUUUGAAUUUUUUGCGUCACGUGACCUUUUAUAACACUUUUCUUACGCAAAGAAAACAGUGAAAAUCGGCCGCCGAGAUGACAUAUAACUAAACCGUUACAAGUUGAGAAACCAACAAAUUUCAAUGGUUAUCCCCUUUAAAAGAAUCUGUCCUGAAUGGCCAACUACAUUUUACCGUUAAAGAGUAAUUGCCAAAAAUAGGUCACGUGAUCUUUCUUCAUUCAGGACAUGGUUUGUAUCUAUGCAUCAAUACCUUAAAUACAGCAUACUUAUUUGGCCGCCACAAUAAUCAAAGAAAAAACUGAGGAUUACUUAUCGUAAGCUGCAUAAAAAGUCAUAAGGAAAUCUGAUGACUGGAUUUUGCGGAAACCUACUAAAAUAAAACUUUAGGCUUGUUUAUAAACAUCCGUGUUGGCAUGGCAACGAUCGAAUCUCUUGCGUUAACGAGAGAAACUUUAGCCUGCUUUUUACUAACAUAAGCAUAAGCACAAGUACAUGUGUAAGCAAGUGAAAACACCGGCGACAUAAGCAUAAGCAUAAGCACGAGAAGAACGGACGUGUUCGUUCUUCUUGUGCUUAUGCUUAUGUCAUAGCUUUGACUAGUGAGUACGGGGUCGACAUAACCACAAGCAUAAGCAUAAGACAUCGUCUUCGUCUGCCAUCUUGUUUAUCAUCGGGUUGAAGAAAGCUAGUAUCGAGAACUGAGUCAAAUAUGCCAUUUUGCGGGUGCGUAAUUUGUACUUAUGCUUGUAAUUAUGCUUUUGCUUAUGCUUAUGCGGUAGUGAAAACCAGGCUUUAUGCUUUACAAAUCUUUUGUCCUUGCCAAGUAUUCCAAUGAUCAAACUGCAUGUUCAGCCACCUUAAUUGUGGCUUAAGGGUAAACUACAUCCUUUGAACUGAUUAAUCUGUUAAUUUUUUCUGUACUCUUUUUAAUACCUUUCUAAAGUACGUAUGGAUUGGCCAAACCAAUGAUUCAAAAUGUAGGCAAAUGAAGACAGACACUGGAGCGAUAGAAAAGGGAAACUGUAACGACCAAAACAACUAUAUAUGUGAAAGGCCAGCAUUAACAAGUAAGUUGUCUAUUAUCUCCUUCUAUUUAAAGAUAAUUGUGUGAUUGAGAGGAACCCAUUUGUGCCAAAGCAAUGCAGUGGUAAAACCGGAUUAAGUGUAACAAUAACAGAGAUGUAUUACCAACAUUCCCAACAAAGAACUCCAUACUGGCACAAGUUUGUCUACCUGGCGAUGAAAUGGUUUUUGAGAAUACACAAAUGACUUUUAUAACUGGUAGCACAAUUACCGAUAACCCAGCCUAGAAGCGGUGCCAAGGAGAUGAACUUGGAACUACGAAGAAAAAACUCCCGCUAGCGGCUAGAGCGGGAAUUGAGCUCGGGACCUUCGGAUAGCAGUUCCAGCGCUUUAAAUUAUCGCUCAGCCACGCUACCCAUAAUCAUACAUGACAUCUCUUACUGAUCACGCUUUGGUUCCAAGGGUAAAAGUCUAUCAGAUUCCUGAGAGUGGUCUAGAAUAUAGUAAGAGCUCCGCUUUCAGGCUUGGCUAAAUUAGCUAUAUUUUCAUGGUUUUUCUCCAGACUUUGAGCCGAGGGACCUUUGUCAGAUACUCAAUGGUUUUGAAACCUUCUUUCAUUUUGCAUUUAUCUCUAGGUACUUUUUGUUAUCAGUACCCAAGCAAAACUUCAUCUGAUCCCAUUACAGUCAACUGGGUAUUUCCAGAAAACCUUUGUUUCAAGUAUGACAACAAAGCAGUAAAAAGCCAAGAAGUAACCAUUCAAGGCUGUAUAUCUGCUGAUCAAUGCAGACAACUUGAUGAACAAUAUUUGCACUGUUGUGAGGGAGAUCUGUGUAAUAGUAGUAAGUAUAAUGGACAUAGAAAAGCUAAAAAUUGUUAAUUUAGCCAGGCACGCCGUGCAACGUUGAACUCAGAAACAGGGAGAAGUUGGCUUACUAUUUGAAGAUUCGUGAAGAAGGAGAAGCCAUAUGCUUAGAAGCGAGAUAGAUUUAAAUAUAUAUAUUUUAUGUAAAAUUUAGUAAAUGCGCCUGUCUUUGCUUUUGUUUUUUUCUUGUUGUUCUGUUGUUGUUGUUUUUUCAGCGCAUAGUCGCGUUUCCAACAUCAUUUAUAAUGCAAUUUCAAUACUUUCCGUUGCAGUUAUGAACACUACGAUAUCAGCUGAACCCGGAAAUCGGAAAGUCAUUUACAUCUCACUGGGUGCCACCUCAGCUAUUUUGCUGUUUUCAAUCCCUGUUUUCGCCUGGUGCUACAGAAGAACGAAAUUAAGGAAUAGUAAAAGGCUUAUGUAGCUUUGCUAACCACCGUGUUCAGGGUAGUUUUAUCUUUAGAUGAAGGUGUAUCAAAAACACAUAACCAAAAUAUUACAUUUAGUAGCAUGUAAUUUCAGCGAGAUGUUAUUGGCUAAAUUACAUCAAGUGGCCACUUAUACAACGUCGCGUACCUGCCUGGACGACAGUUACCAAGAGGUCAUCAAGAUCAUCACUUAGGUUGCAAUUUCUAUUGAAAGUAAUCAAACAUUUGUUUUAGCCAAGGGGCUGUAAACCUUAAAAGACAAUGCAAAGGAUAGAUGUGGAAGAUUAAUAUCUUGAAAAUUUAUAUAACUGAAUUGAUUGACAAAGAAAUUUUGCGUUCGACAUCGGGAGAUCGUAACCGAGACUCAAACACCCAAGAAGGCUGAACAAGAACUUAAAGAAACUCAACUUGUAGUAGUCUGGGUCAAGUAACGGAAAACGGAAGGGUGAGGAGUAAAGUCCGUAUAGCUGCCUUUUAAAAAUUUCACAGUUUUCUCCCAAGCUAGUCCUCUCGGCCAAAUGUUCGCUUUGACAAACAAACGCUUUUGAGCCUAUCUAGGAACAAGGAUUUAUCUCUGAUAUCAACAUAUCAAAGUAUGCCCAUUGAGGUUGCGUUUUUGGAAGACAAAGGCCGCGCCCUAUGUUUCAUACAUUCUUUUGUGUUUCGAGAAGCGGCGAUAAACCUCUGAUCGGGUAUGAUCGGCAAAUUUUUGGUGCCAGUGAAAUUUCCUCACUGAACGCUGGUCUAGUGGGGCAAAUGUGUUAAGCAGUACGCAAAAGGACAGGGGCUGGGUUAGUCGGACGAGAAGGCUCAGUGAAGCUUUAUUCAUCAAUGAAAUUACCUGAGUACCAAAAUGAACAAUUUCUGUUAGACCCGUUUACACGGGUCCUGACGAAUUUUUGAACGGAAGAUUUUUUACCUGCGCAACCCGUUUACGCGGAACCCGUGCAAAUUCUGUGAAAGAUGGCAGUACUGUUUACCUGUAUUACAAAAUGCAGAUCUGUGCAAGUUUUUUUGCUUAAAAAUUUAUCCGGACCCCAAUAAACGGGGUCUCAAAGUGCCAAUUUCGCUUUAACUAUUACCUACCUUCAAAUUUUAUUCGCGUGGAAAUUCGUUGUACAUCGACAUAAACGCGCACGAAAAGACAUUUCCGAAGCUUCUGUUCAAGACUUUGUUCCUCGGUUUCUAUAUACCUCUACUUCUGCGCAAACUACCGUGUACAAGCCGGGUAUAUGUUUCAGGUUGAAAAUAUGGUGCUUGAACUGAUAACAACCAAACUAUCAUUACGACUACUUACUACUGCAUUUUGAUUUAUGACAAUCUAUACGAUUCUUGGACAUUAAUCCAGCUUUUACUAUGUUAUUUUUCUCCAGUUCACCUGAUUCACAACUUUCUGAUAAGUGGGAAAUUCUGCCUGAGCAAAUAGAAUUCGAGGGAGAGCUAGGGAGAGGAGCGUUUGGUGUUGUUUACAAAGCAACCUUUAGACAGCGUGUCGAGAUGCAGGUCUUGGACACUGAGACUUCAAAACGGCCUUUAUUAUCCACAAAGAAAGCACCACAGGUUGUGGCUGUCAAAGUCUUACAUGGUAAAAAAUACUGUAGUCUUCAUAAAGAAAAAGCCUUUGAUUUUGCAACUUAUUUUCAGUUCUCUCUAUGCAACAGAAAUGAUUUCUUUCUUCUUAUCUACCCUUUUGGACCUAAGUCCCCAAAACUCGGCAAAUAUGUCAACAAAAACCAAUGUAAAGGACUAAAAGGCCCUGAAAUUUUAAGAAUUAGAUGAUGCAAGCCCUUGUGGAUACUCUAAUAUCGAUAAAAACUCCCAUGCGUCAAAAGAUUUUGUCCUCCCCCCUACCUUUAACGAUGAAACUGACAGCACUAUGAGAAUAAUCAUUCUGACUGCCAGACUUCGAUGGUACUCUCCUAUGUAAGCUAUGUAUGUACGUAUGUAUGAGCGGCCGUCAAAGGAUUAGCCAGGGAGCAAGCUCUCCGGGGAGCUCAGGCGGCCGGGCGGGAAAAGGAAGGAGAGCUUGCAACUACGUCUCUAGAAUUUAUAAUGAAUAUCUACAUCAAAAAAGUCGAUGCGGAUUGCUUAUUGGCGGAGAUGACAUUAGUUAUGACGUCAUUACUCUUGGCACGUGUUUUUCAAUGUUUGUUUACAUUCGCGUUGAUUGGCGGAAAUUUGGCAGCUCAGUCGACCAGGAGCCAAAGGGGAAAUGGAGGUGGAAUUCAAAUCUUAGGCUAUCAAAGUAUCAAGUCUCUGACGCCUUUGUUCUGAAUAGUAUCAAGUCUAGAGAAACCGCUGGUGUCGUUGUUCUCGUUUUAUUUUCCUAAAGCAACGCGGAGGCCGACGGCAACGCUAACAAAGAAAAUUAUCCUUUAUAUAAGCAAAACAACAACUUUGCACUUGCAUCACGCUUUCUGUACAUUUUCUUUUUCUUUUUUUCAACUUAGAUACAGUCCUUUAACAUCCAACUGUAGUGAAACUCACCAACAUUUGACAAAUGAACGACAUGGAAUAAAAGCGAUUAAAUUUUAAAAGGCGAAAAUUUGCUUUUUAAGAGACGCUUCCGCUGCCGUGGUCGGUGUUGCUUACCAAUUCUGUGUUGAAGUCAUUACUGUGCCUAUAUCACUACACAAAGUGCUCUUCAGUGAAAAGUCAUGAAGCGGAUCAUGGAGAAGAUAUGACACAAAUUUCAUCAAGGAGCAAUAAUCAUAAUAAUUUUUUGGUAUUUUUUUCCGGCACAGCUUUUAAACUUGGAAAAGUUGGUCCAGCUUUUUCAAGUUCAAUCUAUGUCCAUCCGUGGCAACAGACGACAAAAACCACUUCAAUGCCUAAAAAAAGCCUUAAGUAACAAAACUAGACCAUUAUCUUUGUAAUAAUACACGCAUGUGUAAUGAAAUGAUGACGAGUAAAAUUAAGAAAUAAUUUCACUUGCGUUUUGUCCAAAUCCUUAUAAUUUGCCGAGCCUUUAGGCGAGGGAAAUUAUAAGGAUUUGGACAAAACGCAAGUGAAAUUAUUCCCUAAGUUCACGAGUACCCCAUUUGAUUACCUAUUAAUAUCAUGGUUGACGAAUUACGUUAGCAAACUUGGAUUUUUGACACGUUUAUCCUGAAUCGUAUCGAUCGAGAACUCCACUCUCUCAAAUGUUUAGACCUUAAAUUUGGCUUACAAAGUUCAGAAUUUUUCAGACUUUUUCGGCAAAAUACCUAUUAGAAUCCUUCCUGAUGUUCUCUUGUGUGUUCAGGUUUUCUAAAGAGUCUUUUUGUGCCCUGACAUCUUCAUUCACGGCAUUUUAAAACUUCGUCGCCAUCUUGACACUGAGACGUACGGAAGGGUUGCCAUGGCAAUUUUGUAAUUUUACACGUGAAAUUACAAAUUAACGCUGAAAUUUUGGGCCAAAAUUAAGGAGUAAUUCGUCACCUAUGAUAUUAAUGCAAAACUUUCAGCGCGCUCAUUGGCUGAGAGCACGUCAAUUUAUCCCAAAAAAUGCAGAAAGUUAAAAUUUUUUGAGUGCAAAAAGUUGAAAUUAGAUUGAUUGUCAGGCUCAGGUGUGUUCAGUUAAGGCCGUCUGUCAGUAGAAUAAUCGACAAUUUCUUUAUGUUAUUAUUAUUAUUAUUAUCAUUAUUUUGGUGACGGUGAAGACUAUGCGGAAAGACGUAAGCUUAAAUCGCAAAUCAUGUAAACAUAAAGCAAUUCUGAGUCCAGCUUCAUUCUCGCGGCAUACUAUCAAUCCAAGAAACCACGCGAAACAAUAGCCUGAAAUACUAAAAUGCAAAAUUAUUGACUGACGACCAAAACAUGAAAAAUGUCUUGAAACAAAAGCACUUUUCUAAUUUUAUUAAGCCUGAUUGGAGGAGUAGUUUCAUUAAAGUGUUUCAUUUACAGUCGUAAACUGUUUUAAAAAAAGCUUGUGUUUUUUUAACACAAGGCCAUACAUCGUCUCAAAUUUAUCUUACAAGUCACUGUAAGAAACUUAAAAUAAGUAUGGCCGCCGUUAAACGAGAAAAAAAAUGCAAUAACUCAAACUCACCGUUACUGUUCUGUAAAAGCCUGCAUGAACCACCACUGUUGCGACACUUUCCUCAAUCAAAACCCCAAUAAACAAAGCACAACAAUGCAAAGGAAUCUUGUUAGCAGUUGUAUUUCUUUCCGUGUCGGCAGUGGAAAAACAUGAAAAGUUAAAAACUUAAAAUGACAAAGGGCUUGAGUUCUCGGUAAACAAAUUUCUAGCUUAGCUUCUGUGAUUUUAGCCAUCAAUAUCCACCUCUCAAAAUUUAGACCAAUCUUGGUUGACGUUGUUAAUUGUAGGAGGGAAAGGAGAGACUUUUGACAAGCGGUGAGACGUAAAAGAGGAAAAGCAAGUCAAAUUUUUGCAUGUAUAUUAUUAACAAGUAAUCACAUGGUUUUUCUCGUGCAAUUUGGGAUAAAUCAGCACUCGUAAAAUUUUCAAAGACCACAAAUUGCACUCGAAAUCAUGUGUUAAGCUCAUUAUUUUUCUCUUGCGAACAGCGGUUAAUGACUGAGAUAGGGUAAACUAAAGAAAUGGUAUCAGGGAGCGCGCCACACCCACCUUGAAUCUUCCAGCCCUCACCUUCGAUCGAGGCUGCUGGAAAGGUACACUAGUAAAGUAACUAGUAAAGUGAAAUGUAACAAUAUUUUUUCGACAUUUUAUCACAAACUAAAAUCCAUCGGUCCAAUUGUGCAUCGGAGGAUGCGUGGGAUGUGAUUAAAAAGGACGCAUAUUUCAUGCAAAUGAAAAAUUUCGCACUGAAUUGAUAAUAUUGACACAGCAAAAAAAAAGUAAAUAAUAAUAAUAAUUAUAAUAAUAAAUAAAAAUUAUCCAAAAAGAAACCAGCAUCAUUUUAUUCAUUUGUCGUUAGAUGAUCCAUCUGAGGCACAGAAAGAAGAGUUCACGUUUGAAAUUGAACAGAUGAAACUGUUGGGCUCACAUAAGAACGUCGUAUCCAUGGUUGGAUGCUGUACGCUUGAGGACAAAAGUUUUCUGGUCAUAGAAUACGUUCCGUAUGGUGACCUGUUGACAUGGCUACGCCGUGGAAGAAAAAAGGUAAAAAAAGAAGAAAACUCAUCUUAACGUGUUUUCGCGUACUGAAAGGGUACCCCCCCAAUUUUUUAUAACUAUACAACUGCCAGCCCUAAUGCGUGCUUUCAAAUGACGUCUUCAAAAUUCAAACUUAAGAAGUCAUCAAUCCUUCCCAGUUUUUAGUUCAUUAGAGCAGCUUAAAAUCAAAUUAAUAUCUAUACAAAUUUUCACUUCAAAAAGAUUCUUGCCGUUUUGUUGUCUAGUGCGCUUGAAUUUCUAAGCUUUUGCGUGACGCACCAUUUACAUGGCGGAAAAAGAGAGGUCAUGUAGAUUGAAAAAGUGACCUAUUUUGGGGAGAUUUUGCUAUCUGAACAGUUAUUGUGCUGGGAGAAGAAUUUCUUCAAUAUUUACGAUUUCCUCGAGAGAUGAAUUCACGUUUUCGUAGCAAAACCCAGGGCCAGAUGUGUCUGUUGGUUUCCGGCCACCAUGUUGGUGCCCAUCCAGAUGGCAACAACAUGGAGUCUUCAUACAAAGCUGUAUAAGUUUGGAUAAAUCAUUCUUCCCAAUAUGUCACAUAUGAAAAAUUGCACUGGCCUGCGUCUUGGCGAGAGUCUUUGCAUGUUUACCUCCUCUCAUUUCCCAGAUUCUGGACUUCAUCUAUUGAACGAUUUUGAUUUUUAUUUCUAAUGGCGUGACAGUGAAAACCCCCAAUAGAGACGGGAAAUGAUGACGCCACAAAAACUAUAUUUGUGAAAUUAUGGGGUUGGUUAGCGUACCGUCUCCUGAAAGAACAAGGUGAAACCGUUCGAUUGCUGGAAAUCAGCCCUUUAGUGCAAAUAGGUGGCAAGGUAUAAGCACCUUUAUGCUCCCAUGACUCCAAAUGAACCCUUCUAAAAUAGGCCUGGAUCAUAAACGUUACGAACCAGGCCAAUUUUAGAAAGAUUCGUAUGGAGUUAUCAGAGCAAGACGGUGCUAUAUUUUCCCACCAAUUAGCACUAGCAGGCUGAUUUUUGGCAAGGGUCUUUUUUGUUCUUUUUCUUUCUGGAUAUGCUAACCAAUCCCAUGUUUUCAUAAAUUUGAGUUUUUGUGACGUGACACUUCUUUACUCAGUCAGAUUAUGUACUGUGGCUAUCACUGACCCACAUUUACGAAGAUGCGAAUUUCAUCCCCGAUAAGUCCUUGUUAUCGGUGUUUUGUUAUUGAGACACUACAUGAAAAAUUGUUCUUAUUUAUGUUACUCAGUGCUUAUGAAAGCACAUAUUUUGACAUCACUUUUCCUUUAUUUAUUAGUAUUUAUUUGUACCGAAACUGACGUCAUUAUUUGCUGGAUAUCUAGAACAACGCACUUAAAGCUUCCGAGAGAUCAUAUGCUGACAAAGAGGCUCUGAAAGAUCAGGGAGAGACCAGAGAUCAA